AUGAAAAGACAAAACAGGACAUGCGAUGAUGAUAGUGAGGAUGAUUUUGAAAGCCAGAAAGACAAAAAGAAAAUAUGCUCUAGCAAUACAGAUAAUGAGGAUUGUGAAAAUGAUAUUAAAAGUGAAAAACAAAACUGCUACACUUGUAAAGUUUGUGAUAAACGUUUCACAUUACUCACCAAUUUACGCAGACAUGGAGUUUCACACAGAACUAUAGUGGUAUGUGAACACUGUGGUGACACAUUUUCUAGACAAGAUAAUUUACAACACCACAAGCGUAUACAUCAUAAUGAGGAAAGAAAAGACAAUAAAAAGAAAAGAGACGUGAGAUGUAAUAUCUGUGAUAAAGUGUUUAACAAAUUGUACAAUUUAAAACGACAUAUGCGCACUGUACAUAAACACGAUUCAAAUAAAGGUCGAAAACAAUUGUUUACUUGUCGAUACUGUGCGAGUGAAUUUGAAAAGUAUCCUACAUUGUUUGCCCACGUAAUGGAAAACCAUCCACUCAAUCAAAGUGGAGGUAGAGACCGAGAAGCAGAAAAGUCUUUAAUAGAUACUGAUUCACGCAAGUACAAGAGCAAAUCAACUGCUGAGGCUCAAAAUAAAAAUCAGUCUCAAAAUGAUAAAAACAUAGAGUUAUCUAAUGAAAACAACGCUAAUCCGGAGUCAUUGAAUAUAAACCAUGAAAUGGUUAAUGAGCGAGAUAAGAGUGCUUUACAAAAUUCAGUUCAAAAUAGAAUUAUCGUUCCCAGGGGCGGGGGUGGUGAAAGAUAUGAUUUGUUGACAUUUUUUGCGAACGUGAGGUCCAGAAUUCUCACCUACCUUCAGAAUACAAAGCGUAGGAGGCAUUAA